GUCUCAAAGUAAGCAGACCAAAAUCGCCCCCAACUUUUCCGGCGGAAGCCAUUGCCGGAGAAAGAGUGUUUUCCGUUCACGCACCAUGGAGAUAGAAGGUGGUGGUUCCUUGUACAAAGUCAAAGAGAAGAUUUUUCAUCCUUUCUCAGAGUUUAUGCUUAGGAUUACAAAAUUUGAUGAAUUAACAGAAGUGGGAAGUAGAUUACUAGUUGGAUUUCAGCAAGGACUCGAGUAUCUGCGGCGCGAAACUAUUGAAAAGAAUUCUGAAUUGGUCGAGCGUAUUAUUAGAGAUAAUGAAAGCAAGAGGCUUUCGUCCUACAUAGAAGCUGGAUGUAUGAAUGCUCAUGAUACUGUACAAAAGAUGUCCAAGUUACAUGCAUGCCACCUUGGACUUCAGAAUCACGUAAACGAAGCGAAGUGUGUUGUUGAUGAACUUGCAUGUCUUUUAAAGGAUGCGGAAGCUGUAGUUCAAUCGAUAAAUUGCAGUUUGGCUCAAAUGGAAGGACUAAAUGUUGACAAUGGUACAGAUUCAUUGGAAACCUCUCAUGAUGAAGCAGAAACUCCGUCUGUUGAUCCUCUGAAACAUGAAAUCACUUAUAUUGCAAUAAUGAUGGCAAUAGUAUACUCCAUGGUAAAAAAUGACUCCACAAUGCAGGAAAAGAUUGUUUCUUCCCUAAACCUCACUUCACCUUCUGGAGAAUUGGAGAGCUACUCCAGCAUGUGGUCGUUGCGCCCUUACAUAGACGAUGAAAUCAUGCACAAAGCUUGGAAACUUGUCCGUUAACUCGUUUCUCUUCCUGUUUUUUAUUGGGGAAAGAUCAUCAAAUAUCUUUAUCAGCAAAUUGCCAUUUGCGAUACGAAAAAGGGACAAGAAAUGGGAAAAGUACUGGAAAUUAUAGGAGUUCUUGGGAGGUGAAGAAGAUGAUGAUAAUGUAGAUUAGUAUUAUUAUUUAUUGGUUCAGGUUAUAUGACUGCUAAAUUCUGCUAUAGCAUUGAGUCAAGUGGAUGUACACAUUUACUUCUUUUCUUUUGGAAUUUACACUGAUAUUUUGCUUUCACUUUCAAA